CUAGGAAAGGAGCCUGGAACACAUGCGUCCCUCAGGGCUCUCAGAGGAACUAAACUUGCUGACACUUUGAUUUCAACUCCUACGCUCGGGAAGCAGGGUGGCUGGGGUCAGAGCUGGGGUUCCAUCCCCACUGGGCUGCCGCCCUCGCUGGGCUGCCACAAUGGAACUGAGCGCCGAGUACCUCCGGAAGAAGCUGCAGCGGGGCCUGGAAGCGGAGCAGGUGGAAGUGGGGGGCACGACUCCCAACCGUUGCGCGUCCAGCUUCCGAGUCCUCGUGGUGUCGGCAGAGUUCGAGGGGAAACCGCUGCUUCAGAGACACCGGCUCCUGAACCCUUGCCUAGCAGAAGAGCUCCUGCACAUUCAUGCUUUUGAGCAGAAAACCCUGACCCCAGAGCAGUGGGCCCCUGAGCAGUAGAAAUAAGGGACCCGGACCAGCACACCCAUUAAAUUAUGAAUCAGGGCCCAAAACAAAACAAAAUUUCUAGGCUCCACAGCGCUGUGCGUCCUUAACCGCUCAGUCAUGUCUGGCUCUUGGCGACCCCAUGACUGUAGCCCACCAAGCUCCUCUGUUUACGGGGCAUCUCCAGGCAAGACUACUGGAGUGGGUUGCCAUUCCCUUCUGCAGAGGA